ACCAGUCCAAGUUUCACAUUCGUUGAGCGCGUAUGGCUUCUUGUCGGUGCCAAACAUGCCAAUUAAUUGAAGAAUUCUCAAUUCGAUUGCCGAACACCUUUAAUCAUUCACAAAAGUGUCUCGCUCGAUGACCAUUUGAGGUGAAAGAAUCACGCUUAUUUGUCGCUGUAUGAUUGGGACAGUUUUUCUUCUCACUUCGCAUAUAUGGAAAGUGGACACAAUUAUACACCCUACUUUGAAUUCACGGAGUAAUGGAUAAAAAGUGCGUAUAAAGAGUGAUGAAGUGUUUCUCAACAUUAAAAUAAUAAUAGUGGUGAGGCAAAAAAAGUGAAGCAAUAUUCUUGUAUUUUCUCUCUCAAUGAGAGAAUUGUAAGGUAACAUCGACUGGAAGAAGAAUAAAUUGCAUCAGUUUCUCUAUACCAGUGAAUUGGUAGAAACUCUGGUGUAAUUACACGCAUUGCAUCGGAGGUGGAUUCUUCUCAUAUAUGGAAUUUAUGCUGAAGCUUUCGUGUCGCUGUGCAGAACUUAAGGGGGGUAUUGAGUAUUGCUGCAGCAUCGAAUUGCUCACCGAAGCUAUUGAACAAUUAAAAUAAGAGGUGUGCAAUUUUGUGUUUUUUUUUUUUUUAACUGCGUAUCUCGCCGGUGUGCAUUGAAAUUGCAAGUGCCGAGAGGAACAAGAAAGGAGAAUUUGUUGAGUGCGAGAGGGUUUUAGGGAAAAAAAUGUAGCCGUGUGCGGAGACAAAACAAGGGAUCAAUACAUCGUGAGACGAAAAGGCGCAAUUAAAUGCGAUACAUUGAAAGGAUUACGGCGCCAGCAUGAAAUCUGUCUCUUUGUCAGCACCACUGAUCCUGCUGCUGAUAGUUUUCAGUGAAGGAGCCGCCACCGCAGCCGCUGCACCGCCAAUUAAUCCUGCAACCAAUUGCAGUGUGGCCGAUGGCCAGGCAGUGCGGGCAAAUUGUACAACAUCCGAUCAUGCACGUCGAGUUGUGGAUCGCGACAACAAACUCAUGUCGGUUUUGGCGGCAAGGAGAAGUGCUCUAGCGCGCGAUAGAGGGCGCCAUGUGAUUUCCCGCCAAGUUCAUCAAGAACCGAUUCGUGAGUGCGAGCGAAAUUGCACAAGAAGUUUCACCAUCCAACCAACGGCUGAAUGCAUGAGGCGGUGUGCUUCACUGAGGGGUGCUGCUGUUCACAAAAGGACCCCUCUAGUGUCUUCCCGUGAGGAGGAGAACAUUUCAGAGUCCAACACAAUCGUCAAUGGAAAAGAUGAACUACUGCAAACUGAAGAAUCAGCUCAUGGAAUGACGAUCAUUGCCACAAGUCGCGAAUUGGAAUCUUUCCGUAAUGUAUCCAGGGUAAACUCCAAUAAUUCUCUGGAUACAGAAACAAAGAUCUCAAAUGCUACGAGAAAGGAUGCACCUUCCCCAACCAAAUCCACACGAUCAUAUGUUGAUAUCCGCAGCAAGAGGCUCGAAGCUGCCAAGCAGCGUCAAAAGACUUCCACUGAUAAGUCUGUUGAGGAGACAGAUCUCCUACCCUAUCUCUUCUUUGGUCAGAAGAUCACUGCCACAAAGAUUACUGAGACAAAGAACCAAGUGAUCACUACUAAAAGAUCACCGUACUUUGCCAAUAGUGGUAGUAUUAAGCAAUCUCUGAAGGUCAAGGAUGAUGAGGAUGAGAUUAUGGAAGUGUCUGCACCAAAGACAUCCACAACGGAGAAGAAUAAAUUUUGGCAACAAGGACGCUUGUACUAUCCAACAAGGAAUAUUGUUGCCUUCAGCAGAAGAGGACUCAAUAUGUCAGGCUUUGGGAGCCCAAAGCCACCAUCCUCGACCACCACAUCCACGGAUGCAAGUGUGGGCAGAAAUAUGGAAAAUACCCCCCUGGAUAUUAUUCACAUCCCGGAGAACAAUAGCAGUGCAAAGUUAGUAACACUGAGAAGUACAGAUGCUGCACCCACACCCUUUGCUCUCGAUAAGUCCCCGCCGAAUCUCCAUGGAAUCAUCCUAGAAGUUCCUCCAUCAUCUCUUCCAGCUCUUGAUAUACAUUCACUAAAUCCUUCUUCAUCAGCUUUCAACGACAAGGAUGUCAAUCUUGUAAUCUUCACCAACAAAAGAGAUCAGGAUAGUAGUCCGUCCCCUUCUGAGGUCGCUCCUGUGAUAAAUGGAAGUGAAAUUCUCAAAAUCAAUCGAGAUUUGGCUCCAGAACCUACAACAGGAGCUCCUGACAUCACAAAGUCAAGCUCAGAAGGGACGGUAGAUGACGAAGAAGAUACAACAGUUUCUCUUACAAUUACUACUACCACAACCAGUACAACAACCACGACGACAACAACUACAACUACCACAACUCCAGUACCAACUACAACAACCCCUAAUCCACCCUCAUUAACUCCUCCGGAAAGUGGGGAGGAAGAUGCCAAUACUAGGGCCUACUCAAUAGUUCCUGGUAUCAAGGCAAUCUUUUCUAACAUUUCUACAGCAGCAUCCCUUCCACCAGACAAUGAGGAACCUAUUCGUAUUCCCAUUGUUUCCAGCACCAGCAAGAGUAUUAGUAAAACAAUAUUUUCUACUUCUGUAAGAUCUACGAGUGUUCCUAUGACAUCCAGUUCAACGCCCAGCUCCACUGAUGUGGACACCAUGACAUCCAUGGCCAGCACUGACGUUCCAAUUGAGACGACAACACCAAAGACCAUCAACAUUUCUGACCCUCUUCUUCCAUCUUUUUUCAACAUUUCAUCCAUUUUUCCCACCUUCCCGCCGAUAAUGGGACUACCUGGACAGAAUAUUUCAGCCACAAGGAAGUCCCCUACUACACCAGAUGGAGUUCUGUUGAGACGGAAUGGAGAUGUGACCAUUGAGAUGCACAGGAUGAAUAUGGCAGCUUAUGUUCUAGCUGGCUUGGGAAUGUUUCCCAUUGCCAUCAUUAUAAUCUACGUGGUGAGGAUGCUAAUACUGAAACGCGAAGCCAAACAAUCCAGUGAUCUCGAGAGAUACAUGAACGAUGGUCAGCCAAUAAGUCCUGUGGUUAAGAUGGAUGAUUCAUCGGGUGAAGAGUCAAUCAUGACAGAGAGGGAUUUCAAUCGCAACAAUCUGAGAUUCAAGAGUCUUCUUGGAGAAGGAAAUUUCGGACAAGUGUGGAAGGCAGAAGCUGAUGACCUGGCAGGACAUUUAGGCACAACAAGAAUAGUUGCUGUAAAGACUGAAAGAACAGAGAAUGGCUGUGGGGGUCUGAAUUUGGAAGCGGACAUUAUGCGAAAGCUGGGUAGUCAUCCGAAUGUAGUGACACUUCUUGGUGCUUGUAUAGAUCAAGAACCUCAUCUUCUUAUCAUGGAAUUUGCCAUGAGGGGACGAUUGCUCUCUCUUCUGCGUGCUGCCAGGAGUGCUGUUCACUCAGUGCCUCAAUCUACACCCAGCGGAACCAAGACUGCUUCUAUCCCAUUGUCUCCAAGAAGACUAUCCGGAUUUGCCCAUGACAUAGCUAGAGGAAUGGAGUACAUUGCUAGCAAAAGGAUUGUUCAUCGAGAUUUAGCUGCCCGGAAUGUCCUUUUGGAUCACAAUGGUGUCUGCAAGAUUUGUGACUUUGGAAUGUCCAUCGAUAUGGAUAAAUCCAAGCGUAUCCACACAUUGUAUUCCCGGAAGUCCAAUCUUAGGAGAUCGCAUAGCAGCAAUAGAUGUGGAGAGUCCCGAUUUCGAUUCCAGCCCUUCUCUACGCUGGAUACUAAGUUUGGGGUUUGUCGGAGUGAGAGUCAGACCUGUGGGAGCAAAGUAAGACCUGCUCUGCCCAUCAGAUGGAUGGCUCCGGAAGCCCUGCAAUACCACAUCUUCUCAACGGAGACUGAUGUUUGGGCAUUUGGGAUUGUACUCUGGGAAAUUGCUACCCUUGGAUGCACCCCUUAUCCCAAUCUAUCUGGGCGAGAAGUGGUGCGAAGUGUUCCAGCUGGAAUACGACCAGAAAUCCCUCCUGAUUGUCGUCCAGAGCUGUAUCAUCUAAUGUCAAAGACCUGGCGGAAGGAUCCUAGGCAGAGACCAUCCUUCUCUGAUGCUAGAAGUGAACUAGCUCAUGCCUUGCGCCAGUGGGAGAUUGAGCAGGAGAAUUCCUCAGAGUAUCUCGACGUUAGUGGCUUCAGUGAGGAUCUUGAGCACGGGAUGGUGUACUUUAAUAGGCGAAUAUCGGAAUUUGAAUGCGAUAUUUGACUUGAAACCCUAUCUGAUUGAAUUGCAGAACCUAGCCAGUUCUAAAGUAUUAGACAUGUUGCACACACAAGCUUAUUAGACUUUUGAAAAUUUUAUUCCUGUAAAUAGCAAAAAAAAAAUACAAAAAAAUCUGUAGUUCAGAAUUCUUCCUGGACUCUUUAUAAUUGAUCUUAAGAAAUUUUUCUUUACAACACACGCUAUGCUCUUAAUGUUAAGAUAGCAACAAAAUCUCUUUUAGAAAUAUCUAGUCUUCGGAGGUAAAGAAAAUAUGGAAGAAAUUUUAGAGUGAAUUGUAAGAUUUCCUGAGUCUGGAAAUAAUUUAAUGAAUUUUAAUACCUUCAUUAUUUAUUAAGUGAAUGAAUUUUAUUUUAUCUCAAAUUGUUGACGUUAAUCGAAUAAAUAAAAAAAAACUGUGAAAACAA